AUGAACGGGAAUAGUACUGUGAUAGUAGAACCUAACUGUAAAGCUAUAAUAACUAAAUAUGGUAACAUUAAAAUUGAAAUUGACUCUACUUCAAGCACCAUGAAAGUAGUGGAAAAAGUUGCUAAUGUUGUGCAGCUCUCAAUCUUCAAUCAUAGAUUUAUGGGUAUAGCUGAACAGAUGGGAAGGACCCUGCAGAGAACUUCUAUAUCAACUAACAUCAAGGAACGACUAGAUUUCUCUUGUGCCCUCUUUGGACCUGAUGGGGGACUAGUUGCUAAUGCCCCUCAUGUCCCUGUGCACUUAGGAGCAAUGUCAAGUACUGUUCGGUGGCAGAUCAACUACUGGGGUGACAAUUUGAGUGAAGGAGAUGUUUUGGUCACGAAUCAUCCUUGUGCCGGAGGUAGUCAUCUUCCUGAUAUAACUGUUAUUACACCUGUCUUCGAUAAUGGAAAGCUGGUGUUUUUUGUGGCAAGUAGAGGGCAUCAUGCAGAGAUUGGGGGUAUCACUCCUGGAAGCAUGCCACCUUUUUCCAAGUCUAUAUGGGAAGAAGGGGCUGCCUUAAAAGCUUUUAAGCUUGUGGAAAAGGAGAUUUUUCAAGAAGAAGGAAUCACUAAACUUCUUCGAUUCCCCUGUUCUGAUGAAUUGGCUCAAAAGAUCCCUGGAACUCGCAGGCUUCAAGAUAAUCUAUCAGAUCUUCAAGCUCAAGUAGCUGCAAACAAGAGAGGAAUUACCCUUAUCAAAGAGCUAAUUGAGCAGUAUGGUUUGGACACUGUUCAGGCUUACAUGACCUAUGUACAGCUGAAUGCAGAAGAAGCAGUGAGGGAAAUGCUGAAGUCUGUCGCUGCUAGAGUUUUAUCUCAGCCGUCUAGUUCUGGAGAUGUGAGUUCUGUUACUAUUGAAGAAGAGGAUUACAUGGACGAUGGAUCCAUUAUUCAUUUGAAACUUACCAUUGAUUCUGAUAAAGGUGAAGCAAAUUUUGAUUUUAGUGGAACCAGUCCUGAAGUAUAUGGGAAUUGGAAUGCUCCAGAAGCCGUAACAGCAGCAGCAGUUAUAUACUGUCUUCGCUGCUUGGUGGAUGUGGAUAUUCCUCUCAAUCAAGGUUGUUUGGCUCCUGUGAAAAUCUAUAUUCCACCAGGCUCAUUUCUCUCACCAAGUGAUAAAGCUGCUGUGGUGGGUGGUAACGUUCUCACUUCUCAGAGAAUAACUGAUGUUGUACUUACUGCAUUUCAGGCUUGUGCUUGUUCACAGGGUUGUAUGAAUAAUCUCACUUUUGGGGAUGAGACAUUUGGUUAUUAUGAAACAAUUGGAGGUGGAAGUGGAGCUGGUCCGACCUGGGAUGGGACAAGCGGAGUCCAGUGUCAUAUGACCAAUACCCGAAUGACUGAUCCAGAAAUUUUUGAGCAGAGAUAUCCUGUUCUUUUGCAUAAAUUUGGCCUGAGAGAGAACAGCGGGGGAGUUGGAUAUCACAGAGGGGGUGAUGGACUUGUGAGGGAGAUAGAGUUCAAGCGUCCAAUUGUUGUGAGCAUUCUCUCAGAGAGGCGUGUUCACACACCAAGGGGAUUGAAAGGAGGGAAAGACGGGGCUCGUGGGGCUAAUUUCCUAAUCACACAAGAUAAACGAAGGGUUUACCUGGGGGGUAAGAACACAGUUGAAGUGCAGCCGGGGGAAAUUCUUCAGAUUUUAACUCCUGGUGGUGGUGGAUGGGGCUCUCCUACUUGA